AUAUUAAAAAAUACUAAAUAAAUACUGAAAAACACGGUCACUAAGGCGUUCGGAGAUCAAAGCUGACGCUAGAGAAGGAGGCGAGUUGAGAUUUCGAUCGGCCAUCAAACGCGCAGCAGCUCCGCCGGAAGAAACCUACCACCGCCAUGAUUCACUUUGUUCUUCUCAUUAGCAGACAAGGAAAAGUAAGGUUGACAAAAUGGUACUCACCUUAUUCUCAGAAGGAACGAACAAAGGUUAUUCGAGAGCUUAGUGGUUUAAUCCUCACUCGUGGCCCCAAGUUAUGUAAUUUUGUGGAGUGGAGGGGAUUCAAAGUUGCUUACAAGAGGUAUGCUAGCCUUUAUUUCUGCAUGUGUAUCGACCAGGAUGAUAAUGAGUUGGAGGUCCUUGAAAUUAUCCAUCACUAUGUUGAGAUACUAGACCGUUACUUUGGAAGUGUGUGUGAACUGGAUUUGAUCUUUAAUUUCCAUAAGGCCUAUUAUAUAUUGGAUGAACUUCUGAUUGCCGGUGAACUUCAAGAAUCCAGCAAGAAAACUGUUGCACGCCUAAUAGCUGCACAGGAUUCACUUGUGGAGGCAGCUAAGGAGCAAGCAAGUUCUAUAAGCAACAUGAUUGCUCAGGCAACAAAAUAAGCAGUCUUGAGUGAUCACAGGUCGGAGUUCUUCGACCUUGUUACAAAUCAACUUGACCUGCCUGGCCUGUAUCCUGCCCCUCAACACUCUUUAUCUAUGUUUCAUAUUCUACAGUGGUAAUGUCUUGAUAUACCUCUAAUCUUGGUAUUAUUAUUAUUUUUUUAAUGCAAUGUUUUGAGUGUAAGUGCUGAUAGUUACCGGGUAUUGAUUUUUUAAUGGCUUUAAAUUUGAUUAAAGGUA